GUUUAAGCUGUGGUUAACACGGCACUCUCUUUUCAUACGCUUUAACUAGCAGAAAGCUACCAGCUGCACACUUUUUCAUACUCUCAGAAAAGGGCCUUUUGCGAUUUGUAAAUUCUUGGUGAUUCUUUAUUGAGUUGUUUUGGAUCAGACUGCAAACCAUGCACCCAGCUCCGUGUCCCCUUCUCAACAACCAGCUCCUCCUCUUCCUUGUCUCCAGCCUCCAUCCCAGAAGACGUCUUCUUCAGCAGUACUCCUGGAGACAAGAAGAACUACUUGGCUGAGAGUGACGGUGAAUGCAGUAGCAUAGAAGACCUCUUAGACUUCAGCUCUUCUCUGAAAGAUUCAGAGUAUUUCAGAGAUCUCCAACUUGGAUCCACAGUGACUGCUGUCCUAUCAGAAGAUCAAUUUCCUGUCUUGGUCACAUCUUUGGGUGAUAAGUUACCACAGUUACCUUCUCAGACAACACUAGAGAGUGGAUCCUACCCGAAUUCCUCAGCGUUCCACACUGGACAACCUUUGCAAAUAGACAACACUGUGAUUUCUGCUGGAGGUGAAGCCAUGGACCGCUUGGUUGCUAUCAGAACUUCAGAGUUCCAGGAUUAUCCUGGAUCUGAGCAAGAUGAUGAUUCAGACACGGAAAACUUUCCAAUUUUGGUUCGGUCCAUGUCCACAUCACGGCGACACAGCUGGGAGGUACCAAUUUCGCCAAUUGAUCUGGGAAGAAGGUUCAGUCUUGACACUACUGGCACUGACAGCGAUGGAGAAAGAGAGGUUCAGUGUCUGGACAAUAGUUCCCAUUUACCAUCUUCCUCCUUAGAAAGCUCAUUUGAAGAAACACCUGGUGCUGUUGACUGUGAAAGCCCCAAAACACCACAGCUGCCCACAUCAGGCAGGACGGUGUAUUCCAGAUCUGAGAUUCUUGCCACUGAUGAAAAAUCUCAAGCUGAAAGAGUCUCGCGCAUACUGGAAACUUCAAAGCAGGCUGCCAGAGAAGCAGGAGAAGAACAGGAGUCGGAAGAGGGGCUUCAGUCUGUGGAGGGACGGAGUCAUGUGCUGAUGGUACAGAAAGUUCUGCAAGAGCUUAAGCAGUAUCACGGAACUUCAAGCGCAGAUCGGAAGGAGUCAUCAGCAAAUGUUACGUGGUAUGAAUUUCUCUCCAAUGAAAAUGACGAGGAAGAGGAGGAAAGACUAGAGCGUCCAGAAAGAGGCACUAAAGUCAAGCGCACUCUCAGUUCACUGAAGAACCGAAUGACCGGAUCCUUCAACAAAGACAAAGGUAAGACUCGCGAGAAAGAACAGCACAAAGAGAAAAACAGAGAGAGGGAGAAAGAAAAAGAGUUCAAAGAGCGUGAGAAAGUGCGGCGCACCAGUGUUAGCAGCCACCAGCUCGUGCCUGGCUCAUUCUCCAGCUGGGCUACAUGUUCACUGUGCAGUAAGACCCUGCAGCAGAAGCAUGGCCUGCAGUGUUUGAACUGCGCUGUGAAUGUCCACAAGAGCUGUAAAAGUCUGCUGCCUGAGUGUAGCAGUAAAAGCAAGACAAAAGAUUCAGUACAGAAGGCAUCAACUGCUGCAGCUCAGUCGUAUAAUCAAGCUCUGAGGGAGCCCUGCUCUACCCUGACGCCCGUAGUUGAUGGCUCAUCCCGUACCUCUCGCUGUGCUGCAGGUAUGACCGUUCCACCUAAAGGACAUAGCGCUCAGCCUGCCACAUCCAGCAACCUGUCAAUCACCCAUAACAACAGCAGCUCUAUAACAGGAGAGAUGGACGAGGUUGACGCAUUUAGGGUGAAGCGCUCAGCUGAGGACACUGUAUCUCUUGCCUCCACCAUGCCAGAAUCACUCACCGUUGAAGAUGCGUAUUACAGCACUGUGCGAGGUGAACUGGACGCUAUUGCACAGGAUUUCGAAGCAGAGUCCUGGAGUCUGGCCGUGGAUCAAAACUUCUUAAAGAAACAUUCUAAGGAAAUUAUCAAGAGACAGGACGUUAUAUAUGAACUCAUCCAGACGGAAAUUCACCACGUGCGGACGCUGAAGAUCAUGCUGCGUGUGUACGCUCGAGAGCUGAGGGAGGGAUUACAGUUGGACGACAGGAAGCUGGACUGUCUGUUCCCACAGCUAGACAGCCUGCUGGAGCUGCAUAAUCACUUCCUGUCCCGCCUCAGGGAGCGUCGCGCAGAGUCCCUGCACCCCAGCAGCGAACGCAACUACGCCAUUCAUAAACUCUCAGACAUCCUUAUAUCCCAGUUUUCCGGAGAGCUUGGAGAGCGGAUGAAGGAAAGUUAUGGGGAUUUCUGCAGUCGGCACACUGAAGCGGUGAACUAUUACAAAGAACAACUGCAGAGCAACAAGAAGUUCCAGAACCUCAUGAGGAAAAUAAAUAAUUCGUCAAUUGUACGGCGGUUAGGGGUUCCAGAGUGCAUCUUGCUGGUGACACAGCGAAUCACCAAGUAUCCUGUACUACUAGAGCGAAUCAUACUCAACACAGAAGAUGGAACAGAAGAGCAUGAAGGCUUGGCACAGGCUCUCAGUCUGAUCAAGGAUACCAUCGUACAGGUGGACGCCCAUGUAAAUUUAUAUGAGAAGGAAGUGCGGCUCAGAGAGAUCGCCUCCAAGAUGGAGCCCAAGUCCCUGGGAAAGAUCAAGGAUGGCCGUGUGUUUCGUAAGGAGGACAUAUCGAAGGGUCGACGCAGGCUCUUGUACGAGGGCACGGUCAACUGGAAAGCUGCCUCUGGUCGACUCAAAGAUAUUCUAGCUGUACUGCUUACCGAUGCUCUCGUGUUGUUGCAAGAAAAGGAUCAGAGAUAUGUUUUCUCAACUGUGGACAAUAAGCCAUCUGUGAUUUCGCUUCAGAAGUUGAUUGUUCGCGAGGUGGCGCAUGAAGAACGGGCCAUGUUCCUCAUCUGCGCCGCCUCUAAUGAACCUGAGAUGUACGAAAUCCACACCGCCUCAAAAGAAGACCGCAACACCUGGAUCGCACAAAUCCGUCAGGCUGUGGAGAGCUGUCCGAAUACAGAGGAGAGAUUGUUUAGUGAAGAAGAGGAGGCCAGGGUCGCCAGAUUUCGAGAGUUUCAAGAGCGUCUAACGUUGAAGGAUGCUCAGAUCACACAGAGUCUCGUGGAGAAGCUGCAGUUGUUUGCGGAGCUGGCUGAAUCUGUGUCCGGUCUGGAAGACUGCAGCUCUCACUCCCGUCUGCUGCUGCGUGGUGACGCCUCUGACCUCCAGAAGGGGGAGCAGGUGCUCAAAGGAGCCAUCACUGAAGUGGAGAACCUUCAGAAUCUCCUGGCAUCUGGUGUGAAGGAAUCAUCUCCACAGACUGAGGGGAACCAGAGUCCCGGAUCGGGAAUGCUUCCACGCAGAGCGGACACCUUCGGUGGCUACGACAGCAUUUCGACCAUCCUGCCCAAGAACGGCAGUAUGAAGAAGAAGCUGUCUGGUGCAGCGGGCCGGUCCAGAGAAAGAAGUCAGCGGGCAAGUUCAGACCCACAACUCAAAGAGGUGUACGCUUGUCAGGAUCAGGAUGAGGUGGAUGAGGCCUCCUCACCUUGCUUGAACAAAACUUCCUCCGCCUCUAAAUUCUCAGAAUCGGCGUUGUAUGAGCGAGUGCUGCUGCUAUCUCAGAGGCUGUACAGUUUACAGGCCAUCAUCUCUCAGCAGGACAGCCACAUCGAGCUCCAGCGGGCAUCGCUCCUCACAGCCGAGCGGGAGCGGCCUGGCAGCCGGAACCGCGGCACUGACGUGCUCCUGGAGCAGGAGAAACAGCGCAACCUGGAGAAGCACCGUGAGGAGCUGGCCAACUUCCAGCGGCUGCAGAGUCAGCACCGGCAGGAGCAUGCACGGUGGGAACGGGAACGCGAGAAGCAGCGACGGCAGGCCGAAGCGGCCGACCAGCAGCUGAGGGAGAGGGAAGAGGAGUGCCGGCGAAUGGAGGCGCGACUGGCCGAGGAGAGACAGGAACUGGAGAGGCAAAGACAGACAUACCAGCAGGACCUGGAGAGGCUGAGAGAGUCGACGCGAACCGUUGAGAAAGAGAAGGAACGACUCGAGCAGCAGAGAAAGUUGAAAAAACACAAUACAGUACCGAACACGGCAUUGCUGUACGCACAGGAAGCUGGACAGCUUUCACUUUCCACAAGCUUCAAUGGCGAGCUGUUGCUUGGCAGCGCAGGGGACCAAACGCUCCCUCAAAAGUCGCUCCUGCGGGCCACUCUCUCCGCAUCCCCCGCCGAUUACCCGGAGCGUCCUGAAGUCCACUCACGUCGUGAGAGCUCUUGCAACACCCUUCCGGCAAAGACGGAGGUCCCCAUCCACCUCAUCAGCACCACCAACCAGCUGCACAAACAGGGUGGCGUCCAGCAGCAGAUCCCGACCAAACUCGCCGCCCUUAGCAAGGGCAAAGAAAAGAGUGGAAAAGGCAAAUGUUCACACCGCACUGACAGUUUAGCCUCCAUUGACAUGAAGCACAUGCUGCCCAUUAAGCUGUCAACAAGGGAUUCCGAUGGAAAUCUCAAAGCGCGCCGGCCCAUCAGCCCCCACCAGCAGCCCCCCCAACCACAAAAUACACACUCAGAAUCCCUCAACCCUCCAGACGCAUAUAUGGACACCCAGUCCAGCCUUGCGCCCGCCAUUCUCAAACCCCAGAACCAGACGUCCCAGCACACUCUACCGUACACUGUGAGCGAUGAAGCCGCCAAGGAAGAUGUUAUCUUUUUCUGAACACCACGGGUCAUGCUGGGAAAUUCUGUUGCCACCUAAUGUGAUGCAAAAACAUUGCAAAAGUUGUAUUCUUAGCGGCAUCUUUGUCUUGUUUUCCAGUGAAAAUAUCUAAACAUCCUUAAACCAAGAUAAAUUCAAAGCAGAUGUUUGUGAGAUAUUAAGAUAAUUUUUUUCAGAUAAUCUGUUUUGAAUACUGGAUUUGUAAAAAUGUCUGUAUUUUAUCUUGUGUACCUGGCUGAUUUUUUAAAUUUGUUUAUAUAUAAACAAGCGGGGGGGGGGGGGGGGGCGAUCUGCUAGUGCCACAAGACAAAAUAUAGAUAUUAAUAAAUUAAAGUCGCUUUCUCUGAAAAUAAGUCAUAAUAUCUUGCACACUUUGGCUAAUUGGGUGAAUUUAAAUGGUUUUAAGGAUGUUUAGAUAUUUUAGAUACUCUUAAGAAUAUGCUUUUUGCUGUGUUCCGACUACGUUUUGGUCGUUCAAAUGAACAAGCCUGUCUUAACAUUAUUUUUACUUAAAAAAAGAACAGAUUUUAACCCAGUCUUAACUACUAACAACUUUGAUUGAAGUCUAUAAAUAUGACAAAGGAAAAUGUUUUAGUUUUUAUGAAAAAAUGCAACAAAUGCAACAAAUGCUCACCGUAUGUCCCAGAGAAUCCAAAGACUUUGUUUCAGUCCAAUGUUCUCCACACCUUUAAGUUGAAGUGAUGGACAGUAACAUGAUUGUUCCAUAUUCACAUUAUGAAGGUGUUGGUAGCCUCCCAGUUAAUGAUUUGGACAGCUUAGAUUUUUGAGGUGUAGUUUUAGGUACAUCCUAGGAAUUGGAUUAAAAACCGUUGGGCCCUUGAGCAAAGUAUGUUACCUUUAAGGUGUCCCAUGGUGAACUGUCCCUUGAAAUAGUGGACACUAUGUCCCAUUGGAUUAAAAGGUACUAACUACUAACAACUUUGAUUGAAGUCUAUAAAUAUGACAAAGGAAAAUAUUUUAGUUUGAAUGAAAAAAAUGCAACAAAUGCUUACCGUAUGUCCCAGAGAAUCCAAAGACUUAGACACGGUGCAGUGUGUAUAUAUGAAGACGACUUCAGUGGAGGUGAAAUUAAUUAAUGAAGGCAUGUGUGACACUUCUGUAGCAUACAAAUGGACAAGAUGAAGAAAACGUGGACAUUUGGAUGGCUCUUUGUUGUGGGGAGCAAUUUUGCACAGCAUCAAUGUCCCAUUUCAUUGCAAAUACAGUAUGUUGGCUGACAAUUUUCCACAGAAGCUGGAUCAGUUUGAUUUCAAUUACAUUUAGCACCAUUGUGGUCACCCUGGAAUAUUAUAGCUAAUGGAAAAACAGAAAUGCAGUGACAUUGGGCCUGAAGAAGAACCUUGAAUUUGUGUCAAUUUGUGAUUGUUUGCAUUCAUGUAAUUUUUGUUGUUGUUUUUUUUUUUUCCAUUGUAGAUAUUGUAUUUUUGACAGUCCACAAAUUAGCUGAAUUUCAAACUAGAUUUUGGAAAUGAGGACAAGCUAAAUCCACAAAACUUGGUCAUUUUAUUUGUGUAGACAUUUUUUAUAAAUUAUUCAAAAUAUUCACAAAAUCAACUGCAGCAAAAGAUAUCUUCUAAAUAUCUUUAGACCCAAAAAUCAACUUAAGAAUUGCAUAAACAAAUGUUUUAGAAACAUGUAUAUGCCUUCAAUAGCCAAAUGAUUAUACAUUUUAAGAUAUGAUUUUGGUUUUGAAAUAUAUCUGGGUGAAUCUCAUGAAAACGGUCAAGAAACAUUCCAGUCGGAUUUUCCAUCCAAAAUGAAAAAUAAGUAUAUAUUUACAGUAUAUAUACAUACAGAUAUAUAUUGUUGCGUCCCACCCCAGUCAAGGGUUGUGGAGGUCCCGGACGAGCCCCCAAUUAUUACGUCAUCCUCAGUCUUAGGUCGGGAGAAAGGACCUCCAACAAAACCCCUUUACUUUUGGUUUUAUAUUACCCCACCCCCCCACCCCCCCCAAAUUCACAUUGAAUUUUUAUUAUUAUUUUUUUCAUUGUGUCCGCACAGGAUGGUUUUAAUUACUGAAUUACAGUAGUGAGAAUUAGGAGGGAAAUAUGCUUAAUUGACAUGAAAAUAAUGCCACAAUGCAAAAAAAAUCUUAAGCAGUUUCUUGAAGGAAAGUAUAAUUUAUUUUGGUUUUGGUGAAUCGUGAUCUGGACGUUUCUUCAUGAGAUUUAACCAACCAACAAUCCAAGUUUAGUGCCAAACAACACAUUCUUGUUCUUUACAGCAUGAAAAUAGUUAAUGAGUUACUAAUCAAAUGUUUGGUCAUUUUUGUGUAGUUGUCAAAUAUGAUAUGGAUAUAUAGUGUGUGUGUGUAUAUAUAUAUAUAUAUAUAUAUAUAUAUAUAUAUGGUAAAGGCUCAUUUACUUUUUUCACAGGCCUAGUUAUUUCCACAUUGCAAAAGAAAUGCUUUCUUAUAAUCUCAGUUCCACUGAACAGAUUUUUUAUUGCAUUUAUCUGAGCCACAUUCAUUUAAUUUCGUUUUUGAUUGAACAUCCUAAAGAUGUCAAGUGUUCUCCAGCUGACCAAGUAACAAGACGUGUUAUAUAAUUCCUAUUACUUUGGAUAUCAGAGUAAUGCCACCAAAGACUAGGACUUUAACCACUCUGAACUUACAUCUUGACCCAUGAGCUGUAUGAACUGUAUGAAUUACAACCAUAUGAUUUGUAUGUAUAAGUUGUACAUAGUAUUUCGUUCUAAUGUAGCUGAGAUGUAGAUAUUAUGCAAGGAUGUCAAUAUGACCACUGGAGUUAGAGAUGGCUAUGGCACACCAUUUUCAUGUUUAGUUUUUGUAAAUUUUUUUGUUUGUAGGCACAUUUUUUCUUACUGAAAAUACAGAAAAGUCUUGUCAAUCAGCCUUAGCAAUUAUUAGUUUAUAAAUGAUCUGUACAGCAUUGCUUUUGGACAACAUUUCACCUGUUGUACUUGACUUCAAAAAAAAAAAAAAAAAUCCCAGUAAGUUUAAAAAAAUGGCCAUUUCAUUUGA